UAAUUCUCCACCCACUACUCAGCUGGUUAGGGAGAACCAUGUGUUGUGAGCCCAGAACGGAACAAUUCUUUAGUAUUGGAUAAUAUGAUUGCUCGCUAUCAAAGUUACUCAUACAGACUGUACAACACGUCAUGGCUACAAAGAAACUGGCUAAUGAACUCGGACUGAUAAGGAAACGCAGCCGACCUUCAAGUGAAAAUAAUGAAAAAAAGCGCUGUGGGCAGCACUUUUCUUACCUGAUUGUCAUAGACUUUGAAUCUACUUGUUGGGGAGACAAGAAUAAUUAUGGUCAAGAAAUAAUUGAAUUUCCAGCUGUUGUACUCAACACCGGCAAUGGGAAGAUUGAAUCCGAAUUUCAUACCUAUGUGCAGCCUCAAGAGCAUCCUGUACUCUCCAAGUUUUGUACAGAACUCACUGGAAUCAGACAAGCACAGGUUGAAGCAGGAGUACCUCUCCACAUUUGUUUGUCUCGAUUCACCCGCUGGAUUCAGAUGUUGCAGGAAGAAAAUAACAUAGUGCUGGUUCAGGAAAAAGUCUGUUCAAACACUGGCCAUCCGUGUGCCUUUGUCACCUGGUCAGACUGGGAUUUGGGAGUUUGUCUGCAGUAUGAGUGCAAAAGAAAACAAAUCUGCAAACCUGACAUAUUUAACUGCUGGAUUGAUCUCAGAGCAACCUAUAAGCUUUUUUAUAAUCGAAAACCAAAAGGACUUAACGGGGCUCUACAGGAUCUUGGAAUUACAUUUUCUGGCCGGGAGCAUUCAGGUUUGGACGAUGCCCGCAAUACUGCUCAUUUGGCUUGGCGAAUGAUAACUGAUGGCUGCCUGAUGAAAGUGACCAGGAGUCUGGAUAGGGCACCUUUGAGGACGAAACAGCUGUUCCAGAUGAACCGGCCCGCUGGCAAUGUGAGUGAACGUAGUGUGGCAGAAGUGGGAAUUAAGAAACGCGCUGUGAAGCAACCAAAGCCUGGACAUUGUGAAAACAAGUCAAUCGAGAACAAGGGCAAACUUGACGUUUCUUCCAACCAUGAGAGUUAUCAAUAUCAAAGCUUUGUGUUGCCAAAAACUCUUUUUCAUGGUUUAAGCACUCCAGUUGUUAAAGGGAAAACCUCAGCACCAACACCAGUGAGUCAGCUUGGUUCAAAAGGAUCACCCCUGUCUGUAACUGCUGCUUCAUUACCGAAAGGUAGCCUGGUAUUGGUUGCCACGACUAUUGGCUGCAUUUCAAAUGCACAUGAGGCAGAUGCAAACUUAAACAAUGACCCUGCAACUUUGCCGUGCGAAUGGACAGAAACUCCACUUUUGAUAGAAUCAGAGGAGUCGCGGUCAUAUGAUGACGUGAUUCUUGAGGACAGUGAUACAUCUGCUGCUCCCUUCAUGGACACUUUUACAUCACAGGAUUCAAAUGGUACGCAACUGAAUACUGAUGGUUCUCUACUAAAUGCUAAUAGCAGCCAUUCCAAACAGAUUGUUUUCAAAAAUUCAAACACAACAGUGUAUUCGCUUGGGAAGCACAGACCUUCUUCCUCCAGCAGUGGUGUAUUUAAGACUCCGCUUUUGUCAGAUGGCACACUUAAGGGUAAACGUAUACCCCUCUCAAAUGUGUCCUGCUCUGCAAAGCCCAAGGUUACAUGUGGUCCAGAAAAAUACUGUGGACUUAACACAAGCACACCCACCAGGUCUUUUACAGUCUACAAGGAUAAGGAUGAUUCCUGCUUUUCCACUGAGCCCAGGUUAUCUUCAGGUAGACUGAGUUCAGUUCCAUCCUUGCCCCUCUCUUCAUCAGUGAACAGGACAUCUCUUCACUCAAGGGGCCCUAUGAAAAUGACAUCUCCAUUGUGCACCUGUGGCCGCAGAGCCAAGAGGAUGACGGUAGGAAAUGGAGGACCCAACCAUGGCAGAGUUUUCUUCAGCUGCCCCAUUGGGAAAAUGGGCUCAGGAAACAAAACAAGCUGUGGAUUCUUCAAAUGGGAGUCUUCUGUUUUAAAAGCUGCAUCAAGAGCUGUGGCUUCCCACUCCUUGUAUUCUAUACCUGGUACUAGCUUUGCAUCAUCAGGGAAGAGUUUCUGUAACAACAGUUUCUCUCCACAUACAAAUUUUGCUCGGAGACCGUCUCUGAGAAAUUAGUGUUCCAGUAUUACUAUGUAAUUUUUUAAUGACAUGCUUAUUUCACAUUUUUAUGUGUAAAACAUCAAGUGAGUUUUCCUGUCUUGAAUCUGGUCUUACAGGGAAGUGAACAAAGUGCUUGUAUUAUGUUUGUACAUAUUUAUUCAGUUUCUGUGCUACAUUAACGUCCUUGCUUUGAGUGUAAGAAUUUUAAAUCUAUAUUUUUAAAUAAAAGUAAUUUUCCAUAUUAAUAAAAUAGCUGUAAAGUACUUUCAAUGUAGGGAUUUGAAUGAUACACAUGAGCAUAAACUAGUCAAUAGCUGUGGAGCAUGAUUAAGUCUACAACAACCUGACUGCAUUAGAGGCUUCUGCAUAAGAGCAUUACUUGAUCAGACACUAUGGGAUUUUAGCACUAAAACUGUAUUUUUUUUUCCAAACCAUCUAGACAAGAAAUUUUACAGUGUUGUACCAAGAGAAAGUUACCAUUUCAUAUCAUGGAUUAAAAUGUGAAUGAUGAGGUUAUAAUAGGCUGUAAAACUAGCCUGAUUUUACACAGGGUUAAAAUUGUUUGCCCUGAGCAUUUGCAGAAGUUGUUUUAAAGGGUAUUGAAAUGGUAUUUGCAUAACUAUGCAUUUGUUUUGUUUUUAAUACUCCCUUUGAACCUUGUUCCCUUGAAAAUCUGUUUAUUUUAGAUGGACUGUGGCACAAGGUGCAUAUCCAGUUUUCAGCAAUUUAAAGUGUUUCCCUUUAACACUCAUGUCGUGGAAAAAAUAUCCAAAUUAUUGAGGAAAUAAUCCACACUGGGUUUAGAAGGACAACUGUGAUAAGGCACUCUUUAUUACAUGCAACAUGGAGAGAAUUCCCAAUACAUUAGUAUGGUGCCUUCUCUGAAACAAAGCAGCAAGCUCAUACGUAUACUCUGUGUUCUAAAAAACUAUUCAUACUGAUCACAAUUCUGCACUGAUCCAAGCAUGUAUGUACUCUUCUAGUUCCCACCAAAUCAGAUCAUAAGAAAAACAUCUUUAUUUUACAGCUGGGCAGAACAACUUAAUCUAACUGCUCAGGAACACACGUGAUUACUUAAAGGAGUAACAUGGUGGUUGAUUGUGACACUUGCCAGUUGUCUUUAGGCAACAACAAAACAAA